AUGCCAGCUGAAAAAUUAGAAUGGUCUGCUAUUGAUGGCCAGGAACAUCCUGUUUUAGGCCCUGCUUGGAAAAGCAACGGGCAUGUCUUCACUUCAGGAAUUGUAGGGCAGAACUACUCUAACGGACGUAUUCCUGAAUCGCUCGAAGAACAAACAGAAUUAGCCAUAGCAAAUGUCAAAAAGGUUUUAGAGGCAUCCGGUUCCUCGUUGGAUAAAGUAUUUAAAGUAUUAAUGUUUAUCUCUCAUUCUGAUUAUUCUGCCACUGUCAACAAGAUCUACGGAAAGCACUUUCCCCAAAAACCGGCAAGAAGUUGCGUUGUUGUUGCAUUUAUGGACGCUGCUAUUAAGGUUGAAUUGGAAGUAGUUGCCUCUACUGAUUAA